CAGACUUUUCUUGAUCAGUAAGCAUCUUAUGCCAGGAGUAUUAGCUCUUUAGUGGCACAUCUCCUGUACUCAUGAGCAUGGGUGAAUUGAAUGUACACACAAGUGUGUCCAUAGGAAAUCUUCCAGGUCACCUAUUUGCUGGAACAUGCUGCCUUAUUUUUGGUGUAUGGUGGAGUACCAAAAGUAUUCUGAAGCAUCUCUGCAAAAAGCAAAAGAAGAUUUACUACUUUGAUUCCAAAACUUUUCAUCGAUCAGAAGUGUUGGGAGGAAUUGUAAUAGCCAGCUUUGGCUUCAUUGGUAUGAUUGGGUCAUUGUUUCUCAGUGGAAGGUCCCAUCUCUCUCUUUAUAAAGAAAACCACUGGAACAACCUCAGGGAUUGGCAUCAUAUUACCAUAUACUUUUUCAUUUCGAUGAUAGGCGUGGCCAACAUCUUACGUGUCACCAUUAGUACUCUUCCAGUCUCCUUAACCAAGUUCAUGAUAGCAAAUGCAUUUUUUGUGGAGGCUUUUAUCUUUUACAAUCAUACCCAUGGCCGAGCAAUGUUGGACGCUUUUGUGCACCAGCUGGUGGGCUUCGUCUCCUUUUUGACUGGCUUGGUUGCCUUCAUUGGGCUCUUCAUAGAGAACAAUGUGCUUCUGGAACUCCUGCUGUCAAGCUUCAUCUUCCUGCAAGGGACCUGGUAUUUUCAGAUUGGUUUUGUCCUCUUUCCCCCAAAAGGAAGCCCCACAUGGGAUCUGACGGAUCAUGAAAACAGAGUUUUUAUCUCCAUGUGUUUUUGUUGGCAUUAUGCCAUGGCCUAUAUCAUCAUUGGAGUGAAUUAUGCAUUUGUCGUUUGGUUGAUGAAAUUUAGACUUAAGAAGCUCUGCUCAUCAGAAGUUGGACUCCUGAAAAAUACUGAACCUGAACAAGAAUUAGAAGAGAUGUGAUUCAGGUUAUUUAGAUAAAGCUUUUCUGUUUUACAUUUUCACAUCAAUUUGUUUCUAAAUAUUUUCUGUGCAGAAUAGCUGUCUAACAAUGAUUCUGUACCAUAUGUAUUUUCAUUUUGCUAAAGCAUUUGAAUUGCAAUAUUAUUCUUUUAUCUUUGAAAAUACACUGGGAGAUAAGAUCAUGCUGUAUAUUAUAGUAUUCAGGAGCUACAGUGACUUUUCCAACAUCAUCUAUAGUUUGAUGACAAAGUGCUUGUUUAUAGAUUAUUUGCUUAUUAGAUAUGAUCAAGGCUCACGGGCUUGCUACUAUUUGUAGCUGUUUAUCUUUUUUGUCUUUAUACUUCAAUAAAAAUUAAAUUAGUACACA